CAGGAACAUGCAGAUAGUGAAGAAGGUACUUCCACAAAAGAGACAACGCUAUUGGAUCUUGCUCAUUUAGCAUUUAGUCUAACUAGGUACAUGCAUGUAGUAUCCAAAUCUUUUAAAGACAUGUCAAGAUGUCUACCUACUUAACAAUAGUCUUUUGAGGCACCAGGCAGCAAGCAAAUUUACAGCAAAGAAAUUUGAGUAUCAUCUACGACUUGAACCUCUUAUAAAAAGACCCCAAGCGAGUCAUUGCUAUCUUUUCCAGGAGAACAGAAUAAUACUCAACUCACUCCGAACGCAUUAGCCGAGAUGCCGCGUUUAAUGAGUAGCCUCGAUAUCAUAAAGGAGGCUGAUGCCUUUCCUUACCCAGACAAGGAACCUCAAGCAUGCAAGGCUCUCACUGACACGCUAUACACGCUGGUCUGGAAGGAUGGGCAGCCUCUUGGCUAUAUGCUUGAUUCCGUCGUUACACAGCUCCUCGCUACACCAGAAGAAAUCCGCGGUCCCGUAACUGUGGAUGAAGCCAAACGCACCGUGCGUGCUUUCGAGCUACCAACCGAAGCCGAAAGAACUGCGCUUGUGGCUCGCUUAAUGCAGUAUUGGCGGGAAAAUCAUACAUAUGAUAUAUUAAAGGGCUGGCGGAACGAACUAUGGCCCGUCUACGGCAGCAAUGAUGAGGUCCUGUACAGCGCUGAGCGCAGUGGAACAGGCCUGCUAGGAAUCAUGCGUUACGGGGUGCAUAUGACAGCCUUCGUCAAGGAUGACACGGCGAGCUACGGCAUGAAGAUAUUGGUGGCUCAACGAGCAGCUAACAAGUCUACGUAUCCCAACAUGCUAGACAACUCUGUGGCGGGCGGUCUUAUGACUGGGGAAGACCCCUUCGAAUGUAUAAUCCGAGAGGCGGACGAGGAAGCCGAUCUACCCGAAUCGCUCAUGCGCGAGCGAGCCAAAUUCAUCGGCAUGGUCACGUACAUCUACAUCACAGACGAACGAACAGGCGGUGAGGCUGGCCAGAUUUAUCCUGAGACCCAAUGGGUCUACGAUAUCGAACUACCUGCGGACUUUGUCCCUACACCCAAGGACGGCGAGGUUGCAGGCUUUUACACGUGGACGGUCGAGGAGGUGCGAGAGAAACUGGCUCAGGGGAAGUUCAAGCCUAACUGCGCUCUCAUCCUAGUCGAUUUCUUCAUCCGCCACAAGAUCCUGACACCAGAGAACGAGCCCGACUAUGACGAGAUAGUGAGCCGGUUACAUCGCAAACUACCUUUCCCGGGCCCCCAUCAAGUUGGUCAACCAACUUCUUAGUUGCCUUUCCCCUUUUCAAUAUCCCACUAGCGAUCCAGGUGUCGUUGGCCACGACUUACUAGUAGAAUAGCUCUAGUUCAUGAUUUGGCCGCAAUAAGCGUUCAUUGGUAUCUCAAGCGUAGCUGUAAUAUGCAAUAACCAUCCUCUCUACACGUUGGCCUCCAGAUUAUAUGUAACUCACAUUAAAUCGUGAAUCAGCCGUGGUCUCGCCGAUGGGCGAGUAAAGAGUGCUAUGCAAUAGCAAAUCAUUUCUUAACUAGGAGGUAGGUGUUGUCGACACGCAACGGCGUUAACUUCUUAUAGGGACCCUCCAGCAUCAUUAACAAGCCGCCAAACGAGAUGUACGCGCGACUGCAGCCAUGUUAGUACUGCCCGGGAUAAGCAGAAAAUGUGAAGAUUACACGGGAAAUAAGGAAGGGAAAAAGGUAACGGAAAUAGCAGGGCAAGAGAAGUCGCAUACAUACAUAGUCUGACCAUCAACACCAUC